GCCGUCGUCGUCAUGGCCGGCCGGGCCCGAGGGUCCGCGCGCUCGCUGCUCGCCGCCCUGCUGGCGCCGGCGCUGGCGGCGCUGCUCGUGUCGCCGGCGCGGGGCCGGGGCGGCCGGGGUCACGGGGACUGGGACGCCGCCGCGCAGCUGCCCCCGCUGCCGCCCCGCGAAGACGCGGCGCGCGUGGCCCGCUUCGUGGCGCACGUGUGCGACUGGGGCGCGCUGGCCUCGCUGUCCACCGACCCGGCGGUGCGCGGCUGGGCCUUCGCCGACGUCCUCUCGCUCAGCGACGGGCCCCCGGGCGCGGGCAGCGGCGUGCCCUACUUCUACCUGAGCCCGCUGCAGCAGUCGGUGGGCAACCUGCAGGAGAAUCCACAUGCUACGCUGACCAUGUCUUUGGCACAGACCAACUUCUGCAGGAAGAAGGGAUUUGACCCCCAGAGUCCCCUCUGUGCGCACAUAAUACUGUCAGGAACCGUCACCAAGGUGAAUCAGACGGAAAUGGACUUUGCCAAGCAUUCACUGUUUGUCCGACACCCUGAAAUGAAGACCUGGCCUUCCAGCCAUAAUUGGUUCUUUGCCAAGUUGAAUAUAACCAACAUCUGGGUCCUGGACUACUUUGGUGGACCAAAAAUAGUGACACCUGAAGAAUAUUAUAAUGUCACAGUUCAGUGAAGCAAAAUACAGCAUCUUUAAUGACACCCGGGAGGUUGCUUAGGAUGGCUCAUACAGACCUGAAGGGCUUAGUGUUCCUCUCCAGAACAUUUCCCAGAUUGAUUUGUUUGCUUUGCUUGCUUGCUUACUUACAAAAUCAAGUUGGACUAUUCCUGGAUUUCUUGGAAGAUGUGGUUGCUAGACUUUUCUUUUCUUUUCUUUUCUUUUUUUUUUUUUUUUUUGCAAAUUUUGAAGCCAUUUUCAUAGAGGGGUGUCUUUCAUUAUGAUCAAGGAAAUCUUGUUCCAUUAGUUCCAAAUGCAAAUGCUCCAGUUUCCCAAAGGUACUCCUUGAAGAGGAGCAGGUGCCAGAUUUAGAUUGCCCAUUGGCAUUUGAAGGUACUAAAAAAUGUAUCCUUACUUCCUGGGAGAGGUUCAGGGGAGAGGUCCUCACUUACCCAUGGCCACACCUGAGCUGCCCGUGCCUGUCCGGUGGCCUGUGUUACCGUGCACAGCCAUGUCAAACCGUGGUGAGACACAAAUGGGACUUCCUCUUUGUGGUCCAUGUGUGUCUGACAGUCUGGGUGGUGUUGAUCCUACAGAGGGCAAAACUAUUUCUUAUGAAGAACUUUUUUUUUUUUCCACUUUUCAAGUCUAAAGUGAUAGUUACCUAGAACAGAAGUUCGUAAAACUUUUCCUGAAUUUGAUUUCCCCACCUAAGUGGACACUGUAUAAUCUGUGUCUUCACCCAAAACACACACCUACAUAUAGGUACACAUUAUUUUAUUUUAUUUUUUGUCCCCAAAUGGGCUUGCAAAAGAAAAAAGGAUGCAGGAAAUUUCGUGUAAGUAAUUUCUGGUGUUCUUUUGUAAGUAAAGUUUAUCGGACAUAGACCAGCCUAAGCCAAGCCUAUAACCUGCUGCCCCCAACUGCACUGUAGCUUUUUAAAAUAAUGCUGCUCUCAGCAGUGGGCUCAGCUCUCUAAAUCUUUAAAUGGCUGCCAUGCUGUUACUACCUAAUUGGGUCACGAGAGAGAAGAUAAGGUUAAAAAAAAAAUCACAAUUCUUCAGAAAAGAAGAAACUGUUUCAUUUUAUUAUCUAUAUAUAUGAUUUCAGAAGAUGAUGGAAGGUCCCUCCUAAAGAGGGGUGUCAGGAACCAACCUGCCGAAUCCUUAAAUGGCUAAGAAAAGAAGAUGAAUAUGAGUUCUGUUUUAAAACUACAAAAUGAGCCUAAAAUCCAGCAAACAGCUUCUGUUUAAGAAAAAUGAUUUACAUUAAACUUGGUAAAAUAGGUUUUUCACUCAAAAUAAUUAAAAGCAUUAUUUUCAUGAAA